CUCCAUUACAUUUUGGAACUCUCACUUGCGGCCUGGGGGGUUUUGUUUGUCCAAAGGAGUGAGAGUGCGACGAAGAGAGAGAGAAAGGUUUAGGGUUUUCGCGUUCUGGAAAAACCAGAGAUUUGGCAGAAGAAGAAGAAAUAAACGAAGGAAAAAUGAGUAGAAGUUUGGGAAUUCCAGUGAAGUUGAUGCACGAAGCCACAGGUCAUGUGGUUACUGUAGAACUCAAGAGCGGCGAACUUUAUCGAGGCACCAUGAUUGAGUGCGAAGAUAACUGGAACUGUCAACUUGAUAGCAUUACCUUCACUGCAAAGGAUGGAAAGGUCUCCCAACUUGAGCAUGUAUUUAUUCGAGGCAGCAGAGUCAGGUUUAUGAUCAUACCAGAUAUGCUGAAGAAUGCUCCAAUGUUUAAACGUCUAGAUGCUAGAAUCAAGGGCAAGAGCGCAUCACUGGGGGUUGGUCGUGGUCGUGCUGUAGCAAUGCGAGCAAAGGCUCAGGCUGCUGGUCGUGGUGCUCCUGGCAGGGGAGUCGUGCCACCAGUGCGGAGGUAAAUUGUUGGAUAACAGGUCCAACUCGUCUGCGUUAGGAGUCAAGCUGCAUCCCGGUGAUUGAUUAUAUGAGGAUUUUGGUUGUUUGGGCCUGAAAUUUCUGUUUUGUAUCUUAGUACACAGCUGAACCCGAGAUGUAAGAAAACGGUCUGAAAUGGCAUAUCUUAGCUUAUUUUUUUCGCAAUGUUCAGAGAAUGUUUUCGUGUUGGUUUCAAAUGUUCAUAGAUGAAGGUCUUUGGAUAGUCUGUAUGAAGAAAGGAAUUUGAAUUAUGUCCCACUUUCGUUUA